UUCUCUGCAUCACAUCAACGCCACGGAGACAAGAGGAAGAACCACAGAAGAAGAAGAAGAAGAAGAAGAAGAAGGAGAAGAAGAAGAAGCCAGAGAGGACGGAGGUGAAGACGUUGACAAAGAGGUGAAGAUUGUCCAAUUCAACAAAAGAGCAGAAGAAAGAGAAGGAGAGUUAAGAAGGAGGUCAGAGGAGCAGAAGAGGAAGAAGAACGUCCGAAGGGGAGGAGGAGGGGGACGAGGGGGACGACGAAGAGGAGGUGCAGCGUCGUCAUGGAGGAGGACAUCAGGAAGAAAGGCGUGUUGUACCUGCAGCAGCAGAGGUUUGGGAAGAAGUGGAAGCGGGUCUGCUGCGUCCUCUACAGGGAAAGCUCCUGCUCCAUCUCCAGACUGGAGUUCUACGAGAGUAAAGAUGGAGGAUCUGAGAAGAACGACAAGAACCUACGGAAACAGCAGGAGAACAAGAAGGUGAUCCGUCUGUCUGACUGUAUCCGGGUGUCUGAGGUGGACAUGGACGGUUGUCCCAAAGACACCAGUCCGUUCCUGAUCGAAACCACCGAUAAAAUCUACGUGUUCGCAGGCGAACGGCAGCAGGUGGACGAGUGGACGCACAAACUGUGUGAGAUCGCAUUCCCUAUGAACUGGGUGGAACCUGCUGUGAAACGAGGCAGUUUACACCGAGGAACCCGAGUGGACGAAGACCAAGGCAUGGAGGACAACAGCCUGUACAGCGGCAGAGACACAGUGCGUGUCUUCCGGGUGUGCAUCCGUCGGACUGAGGCGUCCGACCGCUGUCAUCUGAAGGGCGAUGUCAUCCUUCGUGCUGACGUGGACGCCCUCCACCUGUUGGACAGAGGGGGCGACGUGGUCUACACCUGGCCCUACAGGUACCUGAGACGCUUCGGACGAGACAAGUCCACCUUCUCCUUCGAGGCGGGCCGCCGCUGUGAAUCGGGCGAGGGCAGCUUUGAGUUCGACACCAAACAGGGGAACGUCCUGUUCCAGGUGGUGGAGGCCAACAUCAACCUGCAGCGCACGUCCCACCCCCUCAGACAGACCUCCGGGGGCGGGCCUGAGGUUCUGGACACGCCCCACCUGCCCCUGACCCCGCCCCUGCUCCAGACCAGAACGCCACCUCUUCCUCAUCCCCGAAGCCACAUCCCACAAGCCCCUGCUGCUCAGGAAGUUGAUGGCGUUUACAGCACGGUGAACGAUGCAACCCUGCUGAUAUCGCACCACAAAGAUACAGAAGGCUCCGCCCUGUUACCACAGCAACAGCAGCAGCAGCCACGCCCCCAUAUGUCUCGUCUGGAGCCUCCGGUGGAUAAAGCUCUGACCGGCGUCCGGAGCCUGACGCUGGACGCCCGUGGACUUCCUGUUCCGUGUAAGAACAGGGUGAAGACCAUCUCCAGCUGCCCCCUGCCCCACGCUGGCCCUGACCCCGCCCCCAACCCCGCCCCCAACCCCGGCCCCGCCCACCCGAUCCUGGACCAGACCUACUCUCAGAUCAACCUUGUGCCGGGCAUCGACCGAGGCACCAGGAGGGACAAGAGGGGCGGCGCCUCGGCCCCGCCCCCGCCCCCGCCCCCCGUCGGUCAGGAGUCUGAGUACUCCCUCCCCUUCGACCUCAUUGCUAGUGCCGUCAUGGCUGACCUCCUGAAACCCCCGCAGGCCCCGCCCACCGCCGAGGCCGGUGCCGACCCGCUCUACGACAGCAUCGACGAGAUGAAAAUCAGAAACGUGUUCCUGAGCGAAGCGGACGCCAUCGCUGCCACAUACAGGAAGGUGGAGCACAUCUAUGACGAGCCCGAAGGCUGCGCCGCCCCCAGCCCGCCAGGCCCCGCCUCCGUGUACGACGACCCCGAGGAGAUGAGGGGAAAUGCCUGGAAGAUCAUGGGAACGCCCGGGGACCCCAAAGGCCACGAGUACCCGUACAACCCCCGAGUGGACGACUACGCCGUUCCCAAACGACCGCAGAGGGCGCUGCACGCUGCCAGCACCAACGAAGAAGAGCAGGGGGAGGGGCCAAAGCAGGAGGAGGAGGAGGAAGAGGGGGAGGAAGAAGAAGACAGGGGGGCGGAGCAAGAGGAUUCACCAUACAACAAUGUGGUAGUGAAGAUGGUGUGAAGAAGCCCCGCCCCUCCACCAGUGGGCAGAUGCAGGACUGCCUAAGCCCUGCCCCCUUCCCUGAAAGCCCCGCCCCUACACAUCCUGCGACUGAGCUAUAAGUAUUGUUUUUUUUGCUGCAGAAUCAUCACAGUAAACAUUACGACAGCGACCUGUAGUUUUCCGUAAAUAAACCUGCAUCUGUUCACGUUAGCGUCCUGAAUCAAACCUGAGUGUUUUGGCUGAUUCCAGUUCAGAUCAGACCCUUUGGUUUGUGUUCUGAUAUGAAAGCGUUGACCUAAACCUGUACCAGUAUCUGCUCAACACUUCCAUGUUUCUACUCAGACAAUAAAACCAUCUCAUGUUUGACUGGAUUUGGAGUUUUGUCACUUGA